UGUUGCUAAACAAACAUCCUAGCUCAAUAUGGAAGAAUGACAAUUGCUUGAUAUACCAGGGGAACAGGGGAGGGAAACAAAUUCUGAAUGCCACAGUUGCCUUUAUCUUCCCAACGUCACAGGCAGCGAACAAGGUUAUUGUCCUUGUUUUUAAAACAUUUUUUUUUACUAAAGAUAGUCACCCUUGUCUCCAGUCAUGCGAGAGAUUGUCCACAUCCAGCUGGGCGCCUGCGGAAAUCAUAUAGGUGAAAAGUUCUGGGAAGUCGCCAGCGAUGAACAUGGCGUGGACCCAACAGGGACCUAUCGUGGCAACUCGGACCUACAGUUGGAGCGCAUCAACGUCUACUACAACGAGGCCACUGGUGGUAAAUUUGUUCCCCGGGCAGUCUUGGUAGACCUGGAGCCUAGCACACUAGACAGUGUCCGCGGCAGUCCUUAUGGGCGCCUGUUUCGGCCGGACAAUUUCCUCUUCGGCAAGAUGGGGUGCAGCAACAACUGGGCCAAAGGUCAUUUCACAAUUGGGGCGGAGCUUGCUGACGUGGCGAGUGACGUGAUAAGAAGGGAAGCCGAGAGUUGUGAUUACCUGCAGGGAUUUCAGGUCACUCACUCAAUAGGAGGAGGAACUGGUUCCGGUCUUGGGUGUCUGCUACUUAACCGACUUAACGACGAGUUCCCAGACCGUAUGAUGUGUUCAUUCUGUGUUGUUCCAUCACCUAAAGUCUCUGACAUAGUUGUGGAGCCUUACAACGCCGUUCUGAGCCUAAGCCUCCUUGUGGUCAACACCCACCACACCUACAUCCUCGACAACGACGCACUCCACGAUAUCUGUAUCCGCACGCUCAAGCUAGCCUCACCGACCUAUGGCGACCUCAACCACCUCAUCUCGUGCGUCAUGUCCGGAGUGACCACCAGCUUCAGAUUCCCUGGCCAGCUGAACGGAGACCUCCGUAAACUUGCAGUUAACAUGGUGCCCUUCCCCAAGCUUCACUUCUUUACCCCGGGGUACGCACCUCUGACCUCCAGGGGUACCCAGCCUUACAAGACCAUCAGCGUGCCGGAGCUGACCGCCCAGAUGUGGGACGCUAAGAAUAUGAUGUGCGCCAUCGACCCACGCAACGGGCGCUACCUGACAGCUGCAGCCAUUUUUAGGGGCCGAGUGUCCACAAAGGAAGUGGAGGAACAGAUGCUGAACAUUCAGGUCAAGAAUAGCCCUUACUUCAUUGAGUGGAUGCCCAACAACGUCAAGACAAUCAUGUGCGACAUUCCGCCCCGGGGGAUGCGACUGGCCGCCACUUUCAUCGGCAACACCACUUCCAUACAGGAGAUCUUCCGGCGCCUGGUGCACCAGUUCUCAGUUCUGCUAAAUAGAAAAGCUUUUUUACACUGGUAUUUGGGAGAAGGCAUGGAAGAGUCAGAGUUUGUUGACGCCAGAGAGGGAGUGAUGGAUCUGGUCUCUGAGUACCAGCAGUACCAGGAGGUGCCCACUAGCGAGGGCAUGGACUAUCUGGACGGUUAUCAGCCCGCAAUUCCCGACAACCCAACAAGGAAGCACAGUUAUCUCACCAUGAAGCGAAUAGGGAAAACUUUGUAGUUGUAAUCAGAAGAUCUGGUACAAUGUACAGCUCAAUAGAACUAGAUCUGGUACAAUCUACAGCUCAAUAGAACUAGAUCUGGUACAGUGUACAGCUCAAUAGAACUCGAUCCGGCAAAAUCUACAUCUCAAUAGAACUAGAUCUGAUACAAUGUACAUCUCAAUAGAACUAGAUCUGAUACAAUGUACAUCUCAAUAGAAAUAGAUCUGGUACAAUGUACAGCUCAAUAGAACUAGAUCUGGUACAGUGUACAGCUAAAUAGAACUAGAUCUAGCACAAUCUACAGCUCAAUAGAACUAGAUCUGGCACAAUCUACAGCUCAAUAGAACUAGAUCUGGCACAAUCUACAGCUCAAUAGAACUAGAUCUGGCACAAUCUACAGCUCAAUAGAACUAAAUCGGCUACAAUCUACAUCUCAAUAGACCUAAAUUUGGUACAAUGUAGGCCUAAAGCUAAAUAGAACUAGAUCUGGUACAAUCUUUAUCUAAAUAGAACUAGAACUGGCACAAUCUACAGCUCAAUAGAACUAGAUCUGGUACAAUCUCAAAAGAGCUAGAUUAGGUACAAUGUAGGCCUACAGCUCAAUAGAACUAGAUCUGGUACAAUCUACAUCUCAAUAGACCUAAAUUUGGUACAAUGUAGGCCUAAAGCUAAAUAGAACUAGAUCUGGCCUGUACGCAGCUCAGUGCAAAUGACUUAACUUGUUUGGUCUUUUUUUUUUAAAUACCUUUCUCAUAACUCUUUAAAAUCGUGUGGUUUCACUACGGUCCUUAUUUCAUAAGGGCUUUUUGGCCAGGCGGUUUGACAAGAGCCUUUUGAAUAACAACAACAACACAACACGCUAUUAGUAUAAACAAAUCCUUUAUUCCCUAUUUCGGAUUUUUUUAAAAUAUCUGUUAAAUAUCAGUGAUUGCUUUUAUAGUUUAAACAUGCAGGUAGAGUUCAUUGUAAGAGAUUUAUAACUGUUAACUGGUAGAUUGAUGCUUCACUGGCAUUUGUUGUAUACACGCUGCUUAUUUUAAAACUUAGUCAAAAUCUUGAUCAAUAAAUGACGUUAAUAUAAAGAUGACGAAACAAUUAAAGAAUACACACAAAAUA